CACUACGCAGCAGCAGCAGUACCCCAACUUGAACCCCUACGGCGACAGCAAUGGCGGCCGUACAUUCGGGGAGCACGCGCAGAAUGCCAAGGACACAGUCACACGCAAGCGACAAUGGACAAGAUCGCCAACUCGCAGACGGUGCAAGACAUCCAGAACGGCCCCGUCGCCGACAAGGCCCGCCAAGAGACACAGCAGGUCAAGAAUGAGUUCUCCAACCUCGCCAACUCCCGCCAGACCCCCGAGACCAAGACCGCCACCGGCCAACCCCUCACCCACUACCAUUCCGCCAUCUACACCCUCCUGAGCUGGGAGAACCCGCGCGCCACCGCCAUCUCCUACCUCGCCAUCGUCCUCUUCAUCUUCGCCUGCCGCUACGUCCCCAUCAUGCGCUACGCCCUGCGCUUGACGUGGAUCACCCUCGGCAUCACCGCCGCCGCCGAGGUGGUCGGUAGAGUCGCCAUGGACAGCGGUGUCGUCAGCAAAAUGCGCCCCAAGAAGUACUACACCGUCCCGCGUGAGACGCUCGAGACGUUCCUCGAGGAUGUCGAGCAGCUCAUCAACUUCUUCGUCAUCGAGUUCCAGCGUGUGCUCUUUGCCGAGAACGUCUACGUCACGAUUGCCGUCUUCUUCACCACCCUCCUAACCUACUUCCUCAUCCAAAUCACCCCCGCCUGGGGCCUCGCCCUCCUCUUCACCACCCUCACCUACUUCACCCCGCUCGUCUACAUCACCAACAAGGACUUCAUCGACGGGCACGUGGAGAACGCGUCCAACAUCGUGAACCAGCAGACCCAGCAAAUGCGUGACCUCGCCGUCCACCACAGCAACCGCGCCAUGGAGGCUAGCAGCCAGGCUCUGAAGGACGCGAGCAGCAAGGCGCAGGAGAUGAUCGGGCAGACGAAGCAAAAGGCCGUGCAGCAAGGGAUCGUGAGCCAGGAGACGGCGGACAAGACGGAGGAGAGUCUCAAGCAGGCUCCGCAGCCGCCGAAGGAGGAGCCGAUGAAGGGCCCGGAUAGCGUGCAGGCGGAGCAUGGGAAGGCCGAGCCCGUUGCGGCUCAAUAAGUAUCUCAAGGCGGAGAAAGAUGGUAAGGCAGGAUGAAGGAAAAGUGGAAGGCCUGCCGCGUGGAGAGGAGUGUUCGAGGAAGGGGCAUGACAGGGGGCGACCUUUAUCCCUUGUGCUCUACUACUACUACUAUCACUCUUAUCCUAG